GGUGGGCGUUAUCGGCAUAAUGGCGUUGUACUGGCUAGUUGCUUUGGUGCUGGUGGGGGGUAGGAUGGUGGACGGCAACGCGGAGGUCAUGAGCCAUGUGACUGCGCAUUUUGGGAAGGCUCUGGAACAAUGCCGCGAGGAAUCCCAGCUGACCCCAGAAAUUCUGGACGAGUUCCACAACUUCUGGCGCGAGGACUUCGAGGUGGUCCACCGCGAGCUGGGCUGCGCCAUCAUGUGCAUGUCCAACAAGUUCUCUCUGCUGCAAGAUGAUGCCCGCAUGCACCAUGAGAACAUGCAUGACUACAUCAAGAGCUUCCCUCAAGGUGACAUCCUCUCCGCCAAGAUGGUGGAACUGAUCCACAACUGCGAGAAGCAAUACGACGACAUCCCAGACGACUGCAACCGCGUUGUCAAGGUCGCAGCCUGCUUCAAGGUCGACGCCAAGAAGGCCGGCAUCGCGCCAGAAGUCACCAUGAUCGAAGCGGUGCUGGAGAAGUAUUGAGACCCAACAGCAGAACUUUGAAUUGAGAACGAUACUGGUGGAUAGAUAAAGGAGGUUUUCAUAGACUGUGAUGAUAGAUGUAAUAGUUGGGUAUUGGCAGUAGUUGUAGCGUUUACAUAAUAUAUUUUUGAUAUACGGAUAAACGAAAUUAGGAGUAGUAGUUAGCAGUAAUUCUUGCAAACAAUAAUCAGAGGCUGGGCUAAGUGAAAAUUUGGAGGUAAGCUGAAACUAUCGUACUUUUCCAAGGUACGUAGAAUAAAGUACGUGGAGAUGUAUCUUAAAGUGUACAUACCAGUUGAAGCCGAUUUUUAUGAACUCUCCACCACUGACUAUACUCGUAGUAAAACACUUUAUUGUACAAAAAGAAACAUACAACCAUGAAGAAAACACACAUAAUUUGUACAAAGGCGAACUUAUCCCUUUCAGGGAUCUCUCCUUGUUAACCUUUUGUAUUUGUCAUGUGUGCAUAAUACAUAUUAUGUAAAAAUAAAAAUUAAACACAGUCAGAAUUUCGAAAAAGAGAAGAGUUUGUAAACAACUUUGUUAUUGAUAGAUGAAAAGAAAAAUGGUCGUCAAGAAGUAUAUAUUCUUUUACCAGUAUUGUUUUUAAUUCUUAUAUACAAUCAGCUAACAAUAUCGUACAAUGUCUAAAGAGUGAUUCCUAGUAGAUAGUUCUGACUAAGUUCAUUUCAUCAACUAUUUAGAUUAGAUUAGGAUUUUUGUGAUUUAAUAAAUAGUUGUUUGAGUGGAA